CAGUCCCUGCUCGGCAGCCGGGAAUUGCCGGCCUCGGCGCGUCCUCCGGAAGCUUCCUCUCGCGCUGCCCCCAGCCCCGCGUGCCCGCUCGGUUUGCCAGCCCUCUAGGGCGCCGCGGCCGUGGAGAGGAUGAGCCGCAUCUACCACGACAGCGCCCUCCGCAACAAGGCGGUGCGGAGCGCGCGGCUGCCGGGGGCCUGGGACCCUGCCGCUCACCAGCGGGGAGAUGGCAUCCUGCUGGAGGGAGAAUUACUCGACGUAUCCCGGCACAGCAUCUCGGAUGCCCACGGCAGGAAGGAGCGCUACUACGUGCUGUAUAUCCGGCCGAGUCGCAUCCAUCGCCGAAAGUUUGACCCCAAGGGAAAUGAAAUUGAGCCCAACUUCAGCGCCACCAGGAAGGUGAACACAGGCUUCCUCAUGUCCUCUUACAAGGUGGAAGCCAAGGGUGAUUCGGACAGACUGACGCCCGAGGCGCUAAAGGGGCUGGUGAAUAAGCCGGAGCUGCUUGCGCUGACAGACAGCCUCACCCCCGCUGAGACAGUGGCCUUCUGGAUGCCUGAGUCAGAGAUGGAAGCCAUGGAGCUCGAGCUCGGGGCUGGGGUACGGCUGAAAACUCGAGGCGACGGCCCCUUCCUAGAUUCAUUAGCCAAACUCGAGGCUGGAACAGUGACCAAGUGUAAUUUCGCUGGUGAUGGGAAGACGGGAACAUCCUGGACAGACAACAUCAUGGCCCAGAAGUCUUCGGAGGGGGCUGCAAGCGAGACUCGAGAGCAGGGGGAUGGUGCAGCGGAUGAGGAGUGGGACGACUGAGGUCAGGGAGAGAUGGGGUACCUCCCGGACCCACCGGCACCAUUGAGCAUUUCUUCCAUCAGCUUUCACUCUGGAGCUCAGGGGAGCAGGUCCACCCAGCCUUACCUGGUUUUUCCCUACGGCCACCAUGGAAUAUACUCUUCAAACAAGCUCUGCUAAAAUCAAAUCAAAGACCCCGAUGUUAGCCGUGGGGCGCCAGGCUGUGGCUCAUGGAGGGUCACUCCCUGGCUGUGAGUCUAGCCUUCCCCAGACAUUUUCAUGGGGGCCCUUGCCCUGAGCGGCAGCCUUGUUUGUGGAGGCAGGCAGGGGGCCAGCCCCCCUGGGGCAGUCAGAAGAUCUGGACUUGCUGCAGAACUGGGGGCAAUCCCUCAUCUGUACGCAGAGUGGCUCCGAGGAGAAGUUAGCCUCCUUCUGUCCUAUUUCCUGCUUUCCUCCUGCAGCUGCCCUCCUCUCCAGUACUCUGUGUUAGGGGCCUCUGCCCUCCUGCUCAAGCCUCCUCUUCCCUCGUGCCCUUCUCGGCCCCCAGAACUGCCAGUUCUUUUUCUUCCUCUGGUUCUCUGCUACCUGGGGGGUUCCUGUCUCCUGACCUCCCUUGGCUGUUUUCCUGGGGAUGCUGUUUUUACGGAGGCUAAGCUCGUUCAUAGGCAUGGCUAGCUCAUCUUCUCUCUGAUUCCCUCUGCCAGGCCACAUGCCACAUUUUGGAUAACACCUUUCUUUCUUGUUUUGUACCUUGAGAAUUUUUUAUGAAUGAGUAAAAUUUCAGGAAAGGA